AUGGCAGACAACGCAGACGCCCCUCCCCCGCCCAUCGUGCCCUCGCAGUACGCCCAGCACCCGGACGCACCUCUCUCGAGUCUCCCCGUCCAGCUCGACCCGAGCCAGUACACCGCCAAGUACCCCGCCAAGCACCUCGAUGCCAUUGUCGCAAACUGGCGCUUGUCGUGCUACUUGGGAGCGUCGCAAAUCUUCCUCCAGUCGAACGCGAUCCUCUCGAGGAAGUUGACCAAGGACGACGUCAAGCCUCGGAGGGCCCACACUAACCUUGCUGGCGACAUACAGGGAGGUCUUUCGCUCGCCUACGUCCACACUCAAGCGCUCAUCCGCCGCAAGGGCGACGAGGAAGGCGCCGAACCCAAGAUGAUCUUCGUCACCGGUCCGGGCCACGGCGCACCCGCCAUCCUCUCGCCUCUCUACAUCGAAGGCGCCAUCUCCAAGUUUUACCCCCAGUACCCUCUCAACGAGCAAGGACUCGAGAAGUUUGUCAAGUACUUCUCGUGGCCGGGAGGAUUCCCUUCGCAUGUUAACGCUGAGACGCCGGGAUGUAUCCACGAGGGCGGAGAGCUCGGGUAUGCGCUUGGAGUCGCGUACGGAUCGGUCAUGGACCGCCCGGAGCAGAUCUCGGUCGUUGUUGUCGGUGACGGCGAGAGCGAGACGGGACCGACCGCGACGGCGUGGCACUCGCACAAGUGGCUCGACCCCGCCGAGUCAGGCGCCGUCCUCCCCAUCCUUCACGUCAACGGCUUCAAGAUCUCGGAGCGCACCAUCCCCGGCACGAUGGACAACGUCGAGCUUUCCCUUCUCUACUCCGGCUACGGGUACCAGGUCCGCUUCGUCGAAUACAAGGCGCAGGGCGAGGCGCACAUGGGUGGCAACGAUCCGGCCGACCGCGUCCUCCACGAGGAUAUGGCUGCCUCGCUCGACUGGGCCUACGGCGAGAUCCGCAAGAUCCAGAAGGCUGCUCGCUCCGGCGGCAAGCCCAUCGACAAGCCUCGCUGGCCGAUGAUCAUCCUCCGCUCGCCCAAGGGAUGGACCGGCCCGUCGAGUGAGCACGGCAAGCAGCUCCUCAACAACUUCGCCUCGCACCAGGUCCCCCUCCCCGACGCCAAGACGGACGACGAAGCGAACGCCUACCUCGAGCGCUGGCUCAAGUCGUACGAAGCCGACAAACUCUUCGACUUUUCCGAAGACAACCUCAAGCGCGGUACCAUCUUUGACCAGCUCUUGUACGAGGCGCUCCCGAAGGAUAUGGAAAGGCGCCUUGGGUUUGUCAAGGAGACCUACAACGGUUACAAGCCCCUUGAGCUGGACGACUGGAAGAAGUACGGCUUCAAGAAGGGCGAGGAUGUCUCGUGCAUGAAGGCGAUCGCUGGCUACCUCACCGACGUGAUCAAGCGCAACCCGAAAGAGUUCCGCAUCUUCUCGCCCGACGAGCUCGCCUUGAACAAGCUCGAUGGCGUCUUCUCCGUCACCGAGCGCAACAUGCAGUGGGACCCGGAGACGGCGCACAAGGGCGGCAGGGUCACCGAGAUGCUUUCUGAGCACUCGUUGCAGGCCUGGUUGCAGGGGUACACCCUCACGGGCAGGCAUGGCGUCUUCCCCUCGUACGAGGCCUUCCUCGGCAUCGUCGCGACCAUGACCGUCCAAUACACCAAGUUCAUGAAGAUGGCGCUCGAGACCAACUGGCGCGGACCGACCGCCUCGCUGACCUACAUCGAGACCUCGACCUGGACCCGCCAGGAGCACAACGGCUACUCGCACCAGAACCCUGGCUUCGUCUCGACCGUCCUCUCGCUCCCCUCCCAGCUCGCCCGCGUCUACUUCCCCUCGGACGCUAACACGAGCGUCAGCGUCAUCGCACACUGCUUGCGCAGCAAGAACUACAUCAACCUCAUCGUCGGCACCAAGGCUCCUACGCCUGUCUACCUCAGCGUCGAGGAGGCCGAGCGUCACUGCAUUGCCGGCGCUUCGGUCUGGGAGAACUACUCGGUCGACAAGGGUGUCGACCCGGAUGUCGUCCUCGUCGGUAUCGGCUACGAGCUGACGGAGGAGGUCAUCCAUGCCGCGGCGCUCCUCCGCAAGGACUUUGGCACCGAAUUGAGGGUCAGGGUCGUCAAUGUCGUCGACUUGCUCGUCCUCGCGCCCAAGGGCGACCACCCGCAUGCUCUCGACGAAGCCGGCUUCAACUCACUCUUCCCGCCCGGCGUUCCUAUCAUCUUCAACUACCACGGCUACGCUGGCCAGCUCGCGUCGCUCCUCUUCGACCGCAAGCACUCGGUCGGCCGUUCGCGCAUGCGCAUCUUUGCCUACUCGGAGCAGGGCACGACGACGACUCCGUUCGCCAUGAUGUGCUGCAACAACACCGACAGGUUCAACCUCGCGGCCGAGGCGCUCGAGAUGGUCACCCUCAACCUAACGACGCAGCACAACAUCACCGGCGAGGAGAAGCGCCACCGCGUCGGCUCGGUCGUCGCGCGCGCGCACGAGCGCAUGUCGUUCUACAAGCACAAGAAGGUCGUCAUGAUGCGCUACGCUGCCGAGACUCAGAAGGACCACCCGGAGAUUGGCGAGGUUGCCACGCUUGCCGAGCAGUAA